CUGCCCCCCUGCUGCUUCGCCAUGGCUCUCGCCCUCCGACCUCCCCGCUUCCAGCCGCUCGCCGCAUCCAUUUCCGCCACCUCCACCUCCUGCGCCACCUCCGCGAGGCCCUCCUCCUCCUCCCCCGCCGCCGCCGCCGCCGCCGCCAUCUGCGCCGCCGCAUCACCAUUCACCGAGGCCACCUCCUCCUCCAGGUACCGCCGCGACGCCUGGUCCUACACCGCCCAAGACUCCUCCUUUCCCUCCUCCGCCGCCUCCGCCGCCGCCGAUGCCGCGGCUUCCGGCCGCCGGGACGACGAGAUCGCGCUGCAGCUCCCGGAGCUGCGGAGGCUCCUGGAGGCGCUCAAGGCCUCCAGGGGCAAGGGGCUGGAAGGGGACGGCGCCGCCAGCGGGCCCGGGAGGGUGGCGCUGGUGGGGACCGGGCCCGGCGACCCGGACCUCCUCACGCUCAAGGCCGUAAGGGCCAUCCAGGCCGCCGACCUGGUCCUCUACGACCGCCUCGUCUCUAACGAGGUGCUCGAUUUGGUCGGACAGGGCGCCAGGCUGCUCUACGUCGGCAAGACGGCCGGGUACCACAGCCGCACCCAGGAGGAAAUUCACGAGCUGCUCCUUAGCUUUGCCGAGGCUGGUGCCAAUGUAGUGCGCCUCAAAGGCGGCGAUCCCCUGGUAUUUGGAAGAGGUGGAGAAGAGAUGGAUUUCCUACAGCAACAAGGGAUUAGAGUUGAAGUUGUUCCAGGCAUUACUUCUGCUUCAGGAAUUGCAGCAGAACUUGGUAUUCCACUUACGCAUCGAGGUGUCGCCACCAGUGUCAGGUUUUUAACGGGGCACUCUAGAAAUGGUGGAACAGAUCCUCUAUUUGUGGCAGAGAAUGCAGCUGACCCUGACACAACUUUGGUUGUGUAUAUGGGUCUAUCAACACUACCAUCUCUGGCUCCAAAGUUAAUGAAGCACGGCCUUCCACCAAAUACUCCUGCUGUUGCAGUAGAGCGUGGUACUACCCCCCAACAGCGAAUGGUAUUUGCAACGUUAAAGGAUCUUGUGGACGAGGUCCAUUCGGCGGAUUUGGUCUCUCCAACUCUGAUAAUUAUUGGAAAGGUGGUGGCUUUGUCGCCCUUUUGGGUUGAGUCAUCUGAACAGGAUGCACUGACGAAUGAGAACUCGCACAAAACUGAGGCCAAAAGAUAGCAGUUUUCUUCUGAAUAAAUACAAAGCAUCUUGGUGAACGUCAAGUGAGAUAUAAGGUUAUCUAAUCUGGCUUACAGUAGGAAAUGCGGAACAUAGGACAUCCUGAACUCGGAUAGAGCAAACAGAGGAAACAUAUAUUAUGAAACUGCACAAGAUGUACAUAUCAACCACAGAGAACAAGGUGCACUUAAUUCGGUGCUGGCAGACGGUGAUGUGGCUUAAUCUACUCAACUGCAACAAUUCUUCAGCUUAGUUGAGACUUGGCCAUAUGUAUAUCUCGAUGAGAGGUGGGAAUUGUUUUUCCUCCCCUCUGUGGCAGUAUUUUAUUGAUAGGCCGCUCUUGCCUCUUGGAACCUCUAUAUGUUAGCCGCUGUAUGUCAGUAUUUGUCAAUGUCUAUGUCAGGCUCUUUUGUUCGGUUUGAUAAAUUUUUUGAGCAAGUUCGUGAAACCUUUUAAAUUAACGAUAGUGUCUUUUCCAAA